GCCCACCGCCUCCAUUUAAGGCGGGGAGAGCGGCGCGGGCGGCAGUUGCUGUGGUUUCCGAAUUGAGAUGGUUUGCUUUUUGUGGGAGCUGAAACUCUAGGACACAGCGUCUCGCGUCCAAGUUUAGCUGCGGGUGACUACAGAUCAGGCGGUCAGGAGCGCAGCUUCUCAUCUUCGGACCACGGUCGGCCCUGCUUUCCCUUCGCCACUUGGUUCCCGUAUCUAGGUCGGCUCCGGAGCGGCUGGGAAGGCCGCGGGCGAGAUGUUCAAAAACACAUUCCAGAGCGGCUUCCUCUCCAUCCUCUACAGCAUUGGCAGCAAACCCCUGCAGAUCUGGGACAAAAAGGUACUUCAGAGUUGAGAGCUUGAAGGUAAUUGUGCUUUCCUGAAUUAUUUUGAGAAGGGAGACCUGUAUUGAGUAUUGAUCCGUCCCCAUCUGUACCUCCUACAUAUGCGGCAGCCAGUACAAAACAGCGUGGGAUGAAGUGCUAAAUGAUGUCCUCUAGACCACAUGAGCCGGACGAACAGAUCAGAAAGAAGAGAGGUGCGGAAUGGUCACAUCAAAAGAAUCACUGAUAACGACAUCCAGUCCCUGGUGCUAGAGAUUGAAGGAACAAAUGUCAGCACCACAUAUAUCACAUGUCCUGCAGACCCAAAGAAGACGUUGGGGAUUAAACUUCCCUUCCUCGUCAUGAUUAUCAAAAAUCUGAAGAAAUAUUUUACCUUUGAAGUCCAGGUACUAGAUGACAAGAAUGUGCGCCGGCGGUUUCGGGCGAGUAACUACCAGAGCACCACCCGAGUCAAACCCUUCAUCUGUACCAUGCCCAUGCGGCUGGAUGAUGGCUGGAACCAGAUUCAGUUCAAUCUGUCAGACUUCACUAGGCGGGCAUAUGGCACCAAUUAUAUCGAGACCCUAAGAGUGCAGAUCCAUGCAAACUGUCGCAUCCGACGGGUUUACUUCUCAGACAGACUGUACUCAGAAGAUGAACUGCCAGCAGAAUUCAAACUGUAUCUCCCAGUUCAGAACAAAGCAAAGCAAUAACUGGAAUGCAACUCUAAGGAAUAGCCCCUGGACAUGGCUCUUAGUUUAAAAAGGAAACUACCUGGAGGACAAUGCAAAAAAACAAAUAUUUCUGUUAGUUUACUGUGCUGUGGUUCUUUUAUCUAUUACUUGGUGUUCCCUGUUGUGGACACCAGUGACCAUGCCAUAAUGCCGUAAUUGCAUUGUAAGUACAGUGGGGAAUUAGCCGUCCUUUGGAACAUGAAUGCUGGAGUUUAUCCUGCUGCCUGCCUCAGUGUGUGGGGAGAUACACUUACCAUGAACUUACAGAUUUAAAAAUGUCCCAUAGGCAAUUCAGACCAAUAUUUCUUCCUACGGUUUGUUCAUUGUUUUAUAUAUUAUCUAAAUAUAUGUAUAUGCUGUGUAAUACUCAUAAUCCGGAAAUGAAUAAAAUACUAUAUUCUUGGUUUGUAAA